AUGUCGUCGCUUACACCAUCAAGUCGUAUUGAACAUGGAGCUAGGCUACCUCUCGACAUCAUAUUCGAGAUUAUCGAUACCAUGUGCCUGUUCAAAUACGCCUUCUCAGGCACUCAUCCACGGUGCAUAGUGCGCACAUUGUGCGCUCUCGCACUCGUCAAUCGAAGUGUGCACGCGCGUGCAAUCUAUUAUCUGUACAAGGACAUCGCAUUGCCGUCACCAAGUGCUCUGCCUCUAAUAAUCGACUCUAACUACCUUAAUGCACGGCAGUCGGUUCGCUCUCUCUCGAUUUCGCAGCCCCCAACACCCUGGAACACCAUCCCUAUCCCGAAUCGCCAACCUAGCCGACCCCUUCCCUGCGCUGAGCCGCCCGACUUGUUCCUUCGCCUCCUUCAGCUGCUCGCUCCCACUCUCGAGCAUCUCACCCUAGCAACCGAUGUUACGCCCAUUGGUCACCCCUCUCUCCCCGUGCUGAACGGCAUCAUGACUACACUCUCGUUCCCCUCCUUGCGUACUCUUUCCCUCGCAUCUCAGCCUCACCAUGCGUUCCCACACUACUGGUUCCCCGAGAACUCGACCGCUUGGCCAAACGUGGAACGUGUCGUGCUGCACACGUAUCAUCCGAUAUUAGCCGAACAGUGCUUCAUAUCUCGUCGCUGCCCGAAUGUUCGCGAGAUGGCCAUCGCCUUCAACGCUUUCGAUUGGGAAGAGCCAGUCGCUUUCGCGGUUGGAGGGCAGCUCCGUGCCGCACCCUCAGUCAAGCAUCUGCGGAUUCUUUACCCCGGAGCAGGACACGAGAUCGAUGCGAGGUUCCUCAGUGUUCAAAGACGGCCAGAAGAGCAACUCUGGGUGACGCCGAAGGCGCGCAUGGCGGAACGGUACAAAGGGACCACGAUCGACGAGGUGAACCCGCUCAAGCACGGUGCAGUGGGGGAGACGCUGAAAGACUGGAUGGGAGAAAAGAUUGCAGAUGGGGCUGUGUGGGAGUUGGAAGGAUCUGCGUGGAAGAAAUGAGUCUGCAUGUAAGAAGGGCUAGAAGGGCGCCUGGCAAUGGAUAGGGCGAUGUGUCGACGUAGCACAACUCUCUUUGGGCGCUCGUACAGGCCGGGAUACCGACUGCCGUAACAAGUAGGGUCGUCUUC